CCGUCUCGGCUAGGUCGGCGCGUGGGAAAGGCCAGGCUAGCGCCCCGCCUGCCUAAAUUGGCGUUGUCGGCCGGUCAUGCAUCCACCUGCAGUCUUCAUCGCAAGAAAAGCGGCUCUUGCUUUGCAACGACUACCACCAGGUUCGAAGACAAUACUCGCUGCCUCUUCCUCCCACUCGACCUGCGGUGCCUGCGACCAUACCCUCCUCUCGCUUCCGUAUCUCCACCACCCUACCUAAUUCCGACACUCAACGGCUCUCAAUGAUCCCGCUCGAUCACCCGCAACAAGCCGUCCUGCAAACCUCAAAUGCCCUGUCUUACCACUACUUGAGCGCAUCGAAGGACGGUGGCCAGCCAUUAUGCGGUAACAGCGAGGGCUGGGGCCCAAUGAGCCCCCUGCGGUGGGACUUUACGCCUUGCUUCCUGGACACCUGGGUGGCAGCCGUUUCCGUUUUCGGCAUUGUAGGCGGUGUGGCCGCCAUCCUAUACCUGUACAAGAGAUGUCAAGCACAACCCGUCAAGAAGGACUGGCAUUUCUGGGCCAAGCUAUCGGUGCUCGGGGCCAUCAUUGCAGCGACGGCAGUGGAGGCGAUCUUGCAGGUUCGCCAACUGCCCGGCAUCUGGUUCGGGGACUUUCGCUUCUGGACUACCAUCCUCAGCUUGCUCUCCCUCGGCAUCAUCUUCUACGUUCAGACGAUUGAGCACUGGCGGUCGAGAACUCCCAAUGGCGUCGCGCUGUUCUUCUGGCUCUUUUUCAUCAUCGCCCACUGCGUCAAGCUCCGGUCGUUGGUGUCGCAGGAGCUGCACAAGCACUACUUGCCGUACUUCGUCACCUUCACCAUUAGUACCGGCCUAGCAUUCGUUGAAUUCGUCCUGGAAUGGCUUGUGCCCAAGCGGCUCUCCGCCUACGACACCCUCGGGGAUGAAGCAGAAUGCCCAGUGGAGUAUGCUAACGUCUUCUCCCUACUGACGUUCAGCUGGAUCACGCCCUUGAUGAAGAACGGCUACAAGAUCUAUCUGACCCAGGACGAUCUUUGGAACCUGCGCUCGAGAGAUACUACCCGCUCGACCGCACAAGACUUUGAAGAAGUAUGGGCCAUCCAGCUGGACAAGAAGAAGCCAAGCUUGUGGAUCGCCAUGCUGUCCGCAUUCGGUGGUCCUUAUGGUCGAGCGGCGAUGUUCAAGGUGGUGUCUGAUGUCUUGAGCUUCACACAGCCCCAGUUGCUACGCCUCCUCAUCUCUUUCGUCGAUUCCUACCGGCCCGGACAAGUGCGACAGCCUCCCGUGAAAGGUGCAGCGAUCGCCCUGGCCAUGUUUACGGUGUCUGUCGCCCAGACGGCAUGCCUUCAUCAGUACUUUCAGCGCGGCUUCGAGACGGGCAUGCGGAUUAAGAGUGCCUUGAUCGCGACCAUCUACAAGAAGUCGCAACGCCUCUCAAACGAAGGCAGAGCGGCUAAGAGCACUGGCGACAUUGUCAACUACAUGGCCGUGGACGCACAGCGACUGCAAGAUCUUACCCAGUUUGGACAGCAGCUGUGGAGUGCUCCGCUACAGAUCACCCUUUGUAUGGCGUCGCUGUACAACCUGGUCGGUGUGAGCGCGUUCGCUGGAGUGGGUGUGAUGGUGCUUAUGAUCCCCAUCAACGGCUUCAUUGCACGAAUUUCCAAGAGGUUUCAGAAGCGGCAGAUGAAGAACAAAGACGCCCGAACGAGACUAAUCACCGAAAUCCUGAACAACAUGAAAUCGAUCAAGCUGUAUGCAUGGGGCCAGGCCUUCAUGAGCAAAUUGAACGUAAUCAGGAACGACCAGGAGCUGAAAACGCUUAGAAAGAUUGGAGGGCUCCAGGCGGUGGCGAACUUCACGUGGUCUACUACGCCAUUCUUCGUGUCUUGCACCACGUUUGGAGUGUUCGUAGCGGUUGUCCACAAACCGCUGACCACUGACAUUGUCUUCCCGGCGCUCACGCUCUUCAAUCUGCUCACGUUUCCCUUGGCCGUUCUUCCCAUGGUCAUUACGGCGUUCAUCGAAGCCACGGUGGCAGUCGGACGUCUGACCGAUUACUUCACGGCACCGGAGCUGCAGGAGGACGCAGUCCUGCGCGGUGAAGCCGUCGGCCAGAACGAGGAGUCGGUUCGAAUCCGAGAUGCAACAUUCACUUGGAACAAAGAUGAGAGCCGCGAUACCCUCCAGGAUAUCAAUUUCAAGGCGCACCGCGGCGAAUUGACGUGCAUUGUGGGUCGCGUAGGCGCCGGCAAAAGCUCACUGCUGCAGACCAUGCUGGGCGAUCUCUACAAAACCAAGGGCGAAGUCGUCGUGCGUGGCGCUUCGGCCUAUGCUGCGCAAUCGCCAUGGAUCAUGAAUGCUUCCGUCCGCGAGAACAUCGUCUUUGGUCAUCGCUGGGAUCCAAACUUCUACGAGCGAACCAUCAAGGCAUGUGCGCUCAAAGACGAUUUCGCCAUCCUUCCCGACGGUGACCAAACCGAAGUCGGCGAGCGAGGAAUCAGUCUCUCGGGUGGACAGAAAGCACGUGUCACGCUAGCCCGAGCAGUGUACGCCAGGGCCGACAUCUACUUACUGGACGAUGUGCUCAGUGCUGUCGACCAGCACGUUGGAAGACACAUCAUUGACAACGUCCUUGGCCCGAAAGGACUGCUAGCCUCGAAGACACGCAUCCUCGCCACGAAUGCCAUUCCGGUGCUCAUGGAGGCUCACUUCAUUGUCAUGCUCCGCGAAGGUCGCAUCAUCGAGCGCGGAACCUACGAACAGCUCAUUGCAAUGAAAGGAGAAAUCGCAGAGUUGAUCAAGAGUGCGAGCAGUGAUGAGGAUGGCGACAAAGCUUCUGCGAGCCCGUCUGCGGACUCGGACACGAUGUAUGAGGUGGAGACUGUGGAGGAUGACGAAGACAUUGAGGAGAGCAGAGAGGCCGUAGAAACGUUGACUGCUUUGGCGCCGAUCAAGACUGGAACCACAAUGGAUCGUCGAAAGAGCAACGUCACUCUCCGAAGAGCGAGUACAGCAUCGUUCCGAGGACCAAGAGGCAAGCUGGGCGACGAGGAGGAGGACGCCAAGGGAGCCGUGAAGACGAAGCAGAUCAAAGAGGCAUCAGAGCAGGGUCGAGUCAAGAGGGACAUCUACAUGGAAUAUGCCAAGGCCUGUAACAUCGGUGCUGUCAUUGUCUAUCUGGUGAUGUUGAUGGGAGCUCAAACCGCACAAAUAGGGGGUUCCAUCUGGCUGAAGAACUGGUCAGAGACCAACGACAAAGCGGAUGGCAACCCGGAUGUCGGCUUCUUCCUGGGCAUCUACUUUGCAUUCGGGGUGGGCAGUGCCGCACUUGUGGUGAUGCAAACCCUGCUUUUGUGGAUAUUCUGCUCCAUCGAGGCUUCCCGCAAGUUGCACGAGAGGAUGGCGUUUGCCAUUUUCCGGUCGCCCAUGACUUUCUUCGAAACCACGCCCAGCGGGCGCAUUCUCAAUCGAUUUUCCAGUGACAUUUACAAGAUCGACGAGGUGCUCGCACGUACCUUCAACAUGCUCUUCACGAAUGGCGCCCGAGCUGCAUUUACCCUCGCCGUUAUUUCGGCGUCGACCCCGGUGUUUGUGGCGCUCAUCAUCCCACUCGGCGCCUUGUACCUCUGGAUCCAAAAGUACUACCUACGUACAUCCCGGGAGCUGAAGCGUCUUGACAGUGUGAGCCGCAGUCCGAUCUACGCUCACUUCCAGGAAUCUCUCAAUGGCGUCAGCACCAUCCGGGCCUACCGUCAAACGAAGAGGUUCGCGCUAGAGAAUGAGUGGAGAGUUGAUGCAAACCUACGGGCCUACUUCCCGUCGAUCAGUGCGAACCGAUGGCUUGCCGUCCGGCUGGAGUUUAUUGGCUCGGUCAUCAUCCUUGCCGCCGCGGGCUUUGCCAUCGUUUCGGUGACAUCGGGUAGCGGCCUGUCAGCCGGUCUGGUCGGGCUGGCGAUGAGCUAUGCAUUGCAAAUUACGCAGUCAUUGAACUGGAUCGUGCGACAGACGGUGGAAGUGGAAACAAACAUUGUCUCGGUGGAGCGGGUGCUGGAGUACGCACGGCUACCCAGCGAAGCGCCCGAGGUCAUUUCCAAACACCGGCCGGCCGUCAGUUGGCCCGCCAAAGGCGCCGUUUCGUUCAACAACUACAGCACGCGGUACCGACCAGGGUUGGAUCUGGUGCUCAAGAACAUCAACCUCAGCAUCAAAUCGCACGAGAAGAUCGGCGUCGUUGGCCGCACUGGCGCAGGGAAAAGCUCUUUGACCCUCGGCUUGUUCCGUAUCAUCGAGCCUACGGGUGGCGAUGUGAGCAUCGACGACCUAAGUACCAGCUCUAUUGGCUUGCUUGAUCUCCGCCGGAGACUUGCCAUCAUUCCUCAGGACGCUGCGCUCUUCGAGGGAACGGUGCGAGACAAUCUGGAUCCAGGCCAUGUGCACGAUGACACGGAACUCUGGAGCGUGCUCGACCACGCCCGAUUGAGGGAGCACGUCUCUCAAAUGAAUGGGCAGUUGGAAGCACACAUCCAUGAAGGCGGAUCGAACCUCAGCCAAGGCCAAAAGCAACUCAUUUCUCUAGCACGGGCACUGCUCACCCCCAGCAACAUCUUGGUGCUCGACGAGGCGACGGCCGCAGUCGAUGUGCAAACAGAUGCCAUGUUGCAAACGACCCUCCGAAGCAACAUGUUCAAGGAUCGCACCAUCAUCACCAUCGCGCAUCGCAUCAACACAAUCCUGGACAGUGAUCGGAUUGUGGUGCUCGAUCAAGGGGAGGUCAAGGAGUUUGACACGCCGGCCGAGCUGAUCAGCCGACGCGGCCUCUUCUACGAGCUGGUUCGAGAGGCAGGCUUACUCAACGCCGUCGAGGGCCCUGCAGUUGUACAGCGUUAGCAUAGGUAUACUAGAACACGGCAAAUGGCAUGUGCAUGCAGAACGAUGUUGCAGCUUCCUUGUCGGAUGUCCUCCGAGCUUUGAAUAGCUCUCCCCCUCCCCGCCCGAACGUGUUCGAUCAUCGUACAUACAUAUGACAUGCAGCCCAUUUCACAUCUCAUGCGGAGGAUCGAUGAACCCGAUCUGCCAUGCCGAUUUCGGCUCGUUCGCCGAGCACCCCUUGCUCAAUGUGAAUCUACGAUGCCCGAUCAUCCCCG